GUGGAGUAAAGCAGUCAAGAGACUUGGACUAGAGUUAGCCACACGGUCCCCACGCGAAGGACACGAGAGCUGUACACUGCCAACCUUUGCCUCUCCUUAUUGCCCCACUGACUGAAGCUGCACUCGUCCUCUCCAUCCAUCUGUCCAUCCAUCCAUCACUUUAAGACGUGCUGUCAGCGAAGAUGGAGACUACGACCAUCACCACCACCACCACGCAGAACGCCUUCACCUUUGGACUUACCGAAAGACGCGCCAGCAUCACCCUGCACGCACCGGCGCAAGACUGCACGGUCCCCGCAGUAGCGCACCCCAACAGCAGCAGCAGCGCGUCCGGUUACCAAAGCAAAACCAAGGUGCUGAAGAGACAGCGCUCCAGUUCCCCAGAGCUGCUGCGAUGCAAGCGGCGUCUGAGCUUCAACGGCCUGGGCUACUCCAUCCCACAGCAGCAGCCCGUGGCCGUGGCCCGGCGGAACGAAAGAGAGAGGAACCGGGUCAAGCAGGUCAACAUGGGUUUCCAGACGCUGCGCCAGCAUGUGCCCAACGGCGCGGCCAAUAAGAAGAUGAGCAAAGUGGAAACCCUGAGGUCUGCAGUGGAGUACAUUAGAGCUUUACAGCAACUUCUGGACGAACACGACGCCGUGUCCGCUGCUUUCCAGUGCGGACUGCCCUCACCCACACUUUCCAACAGCUACUCUGCAGACCCGGAGUCACCUCAUUCCACCUACUCAUCAGAUGAAGGCGGCUACGAGCCCCUGAGCUCAGAGGAACAGGAGCUGUUGGACUUUACCACCUGGUUUGACAGGUACUGAGACUGACAGCAUGGAAACAACACAGCAGGGUCUGUGCGUAAAAGUGUUGUCUUUUUUCAGACUUGUAGACAUCAGAUCAGUCCCUGCCCUUAGAGCUCGGAGAGGAUCUGUUGCCUCCCUCCCUCCCUCAUCCAGGAUGCUUCUGCAGGAGCAAAGCAAUAGUAUAAGAGAGGACAGGAGAGAGGGAGAGAAAGAAAGAAAGA